CGGCUGGCCGGGCGAGGCGGGGCCUGCUGGCAGCCCUGUCGAUAUGCUUCGGGGGUCAGGUUGGCUGGGUCGGCGCAGGGAGCGGAUGGAGGUAGCAGGGGAUGAAAUGACAUAGAAAAGUCUUUGAAGCGCUGACUGCGAAAUGAGCUCCUUCCACUUCAUGCCGAAAGAAGGUAAAUUCAAACUCCAAGAAUGAAGUGUCAGCUCAUUUGCAAGUUAAAGGAAAACCACAUCCAAGGCAAUGAAAUAAAAACUAUGGUAUCAGUGCUUUGUCAGAUGAACUGUGCAGAAGUACAUACUCAGAAGCUGUUACACUGAAGUGUUGAGCUCUGCUUUGUGUUUCCUUCCCUACUACCCCAACAUAUCUGCACAAAUGUUUCAAAAGAAGUUGCUGGUGUGGCUUAUUUGUCACUAAAGUGAUCUACACUGGAUAUAAAACAAAAGAUGACAUCUAAGUUUUUGCUUAUUGGCCAUCUUGUUCUACUGAUACCUCUGCUCAGCGCUGAAGAAUGCAUUAUUUGUGAUUACUUUGUACUUGUUGGAGAGCCUACAGCUAUUAGUUGCCCAGUAUUUAUAUCGCCAGCCCUUCAAUCUGAUUACAAUCUGACAUGGUAUAAAAAUGGUAGUUCUACACCAGUAACCACAGAAAGAGGGGCCAGGAUACAUCAGAGAGAGGACUUGCUUUGGUUUAUUCCUGCAAUGCUGGAAGAUUCUGGACUUUAUGAAUGUAAUGUAAGGAGCCUUAACUACUCUAAGAAAAAAACUAUAAAUUUAGCAGUUUUUAAGAAUGAUAACAGUUUGUGUUUUAAUGGGAAAAUGAGGUUUGAACAAAAAGUGAUAAGCAGAAAUACUGGAAAGAUAAUAUGUCCUGAUCUAGAACAUUUUAAAGAUGAAGACAAUCAGCCUGAAGUAUACUGGUAUAAGGAGUGUAAGCCUGGAUUUCUUGAAGACAAGCGACUUCUUUUGGUAGAGGGUGAAAAUGUUGUCUUGAUUCGCAACGUAACUGUACAAGACAGAGGAAACUACACAUGCCGUAUGGUGUACACAUACAUGGGAGAGCAAUAUAAUGUUUCAAGAACCAUAAGUUUAGAGGUUAAAGAAAGACCACUGCAGAUGAGGCCAGAGUUUAUUUAUCCGAAGAAUAAUACAAUUGAAGUAGAACUUGGUUCUCGUGUAGUUAUGGAAUGUAAUAUAUCAAGUGGCAUAAAUGGCCUGAUUCCAUUCUGGCAAGUUAACAAUGAGGAUGUUGACAUCUUUGAUAGCACCUACAGGGAACAGUAUUAUGAAGAGGGGAUGCCUCAUGGACUUGCUGUAUCUGGAACAAAAUUUAACAUUUCAGAAGUGAAAGUAAAGGAUUAUGCACAUAAAUUUUUCUGUCACUUUAUAUAUGGUUCUCAACAAUUUACAGCCUACAUCAAAUUGGAAAGCCCAGCUUGGAACAUUCAAGGUUACUUAAUUGGAGGAGGAGCUUCUUUAGUAUUUUUAGUUUUUUUUACUCUUUGUAUCUACAAGAUCUUCAAAAUUGAUAUUGUGCUUUGCUAUCGGGACUUCUGCCAUCUUUUCCUGGGUAAAAAAGUUUCAGAUGGGAAGAUCUAUGAUGCUUACGUUGUGUAUCCAAAAAACAGAGAGAGCUGCUUGUAUUCAUCAGAUAUUUUUGCUCUGAAGAUACUACCAGAGGUCUUAGAAAGACAGUGUGGGUAUAACCUCUUCAUAUUUGGGAGGGAUGAUUUACCAGGAGAAGCUGUGAUCAGCAUCGCUGAUGAAAAAAUCCAUCAAAGUAGAAGAGUGAUAAUUGUCUUAGUACCAGAACCCUCCUGUUACAGUAUUCUAGAAGAUGUAUCUGAAAAGCAGCUAGCCAUAUAUAAUGCUCUUAUCCAAGAUGGCAUUAAAGUAAUUCUCAUUGAACUGGAAAAAAUAAAGGAUUAUGCAACCAUGCCAGAAUCCAUUCAGUAUGUUAAGCAAAAGCAUGGGGUGAUCCGAUGGAAAGGAGACUUCUCAGAAAGGUCGUACUCAGCAAGUACCAAAUUCUGGAAGAAAGUGCGCUAUCACAUGCCAUCCAGAAAAAAUGGAUCUUCAUCAGGACUGCAUUUGUUACCAAAAGACUUUAGUUCUCCCUGAAUACCAAAAGAAAAAUGACACUUAAUGACUAAUUCUGUUCACAUAGUUGGUGAUGGAUUGAUUGAAAGUCACAUUUAUCUGUUUUCUGCAGACAAUCUUAUCCAGAAUUUUUGGACUGAAGGUACUAGAACUUCAUCUACAGAUGUGAAUCAUUUUUUAGUUCUGUCCAGAACAACAGAAUGCUUUGAAAUGCCAUCAGUAGCACAGAGAUGACAUGGAUAUCAUGUAGGAAGUACAUGAAGCCUUUUCCAAGAAUUGCACUGUGAUUUGCUGGAAUUUUUUUGUUAUUAAAAAUGAAACAGGAAAAAAACUAUCACACCCCCAAAAAAAAGAAAAAACACAAAAUACUUACAUUUUUUUACAGCUAAAAUUUGAAUACGAAGAGAACUGUAUUAAUUACAACUAUGAUAUUAUGUAAUGGCAAUGGUUGAUGCCAGUAAGUUGUUUUCUUUCAUUUUUUUUAAUGAAAGAACACAAAACUUCUUUGUUAGAAGUUUGUUACUUGUCUUAUUCAGUUUGCUGAAAGAUAAAUACCUCUGUGUUACUGCAUCAGUGUUUUACCGUCCAAAAGAAAAGCUCCCUUGUCAUGGAAUAGCCAACUUACUAUUGUGUCAAACUCCAUCACUUGCCAACCUGUCCUUGAAGGCUGUUGCCAAUACAGUAUUGGGCAGAAAUUGUCCCUUUGAGUUGAUCCUGUGAUACCUCCACUCUUCCACCUGAAAAAAAAAAUCAUAUUCUAUGUCCUUCAAAAUUCAUCUAUUCAUUUUGACGUGCAGUGUUGGCCUUUUCUUCUUCAUGCCUCAAGCAUUUAUCAUGCUUCUGUUCUCAACCAAACAAGACUGAAAGUGUGAGGUGUCAUCCCAUGGAAGAACUGUUUAGUGAAUGUGGGAUGGUGUGACUCUCAUGUUCUGCCUGAUAAGUGACAAAACCAGUGGAAAUAGAUUUCUCUCACAUCUAAAGUGCUUUGUUUAACUUUGUGUAUGCUGGAAAACUUGAAACUGCUUCUGAGAGCCAGUGCCUUCUGAGCUUUGUGAGUUGAGUGUGUGUUUGGCAAGAAUGGAAUUAAGAAUCUCUUCAAUGCGGGACAGGAGCGGGAAAUAUGCAUUUGAAACAUGAGACUUUCAAACUGCCAUGGUACUGGAGUGUUUUACUGCUGAAUGUCAUGUAUGUAUAUACAAGCACAUGCUUGUAUUCUGGUCUCAUUCAAUGUUUUGGUCAAGAUGGGGUUGUGAAGGGCAGAUCAGUUCUGGUCAUGAACUGAUUCAUGAACCACAUUCGCGUAGCUGUCGCACACAGCUUUUAAAUUUGGUGUGUAUUCUGUGACAGCCUGUUGUAGGGUAAAGAGCCUGGAGGUACAUCUAAAAGUUACUGAGAUCCACCUGAGCAAGGCUAAUUGUUUCAAUCCUCAGUGGUAGAAGAACUUGGUAGGACAGAAGCUGUAUGGUUUACUCACAGUCCUCGACCUCUCCUGUAAGAAGAUGCCUAUAUCAAAUGUGAAGACUAGACCCUAGAAGUGUGGUAUUUGUACUUCGAGAUCUAGGUUAUAAUACUAACUUUAUGCUUCCACAUUGACAGCUCACACUACAUGGGCCAGCCAACAGAGUUCCAGCAGCCUUGGGCCUCCUGAAGUAUUUUUGCUGACUAGAAUAAACUGAAUGAAAAUCUGCUACUUGUUAUUCCUAUGUUUAGGGACAGGAAAGUUAUUUUACUGAGCCAAAACACUGAUUUAAAAAAUACUUGUUCUUUUUGAUAUAUUUAUACAAAUGAUGUUAAAGUUUUCAUGUGUUAUGUAAAAGCAAUUAGAAGAAAAGUAAUUUUUUAAAUUCAAUAAAAACACUACAUAUUUCUUUCCUACAGCA